GUUCAACGAAAAAAUAUUGCGAAAUUAAUAAACAAACAUAGAAAUAAAAAGUAAAUUCAACAAGUACAAAAAAAGGUAAACGUAACGAGGAACCCAAGUUUUCGAACAAUAUAUUGAGUAUCUCGUUUCUAUCUUUCAAAUGAUAACUGCAAACCCCUAAGUUGUCUGAUAAUUGGAAUCAUUGAGUAAAUUCACUACGUACACCGCCAAUUCUAGAAAAUAAAUCCCACUUACAAAUGUCCAUAAUCCUGUGCUAUCGUACCUAAAUCUGUCAUUUGUUAUACCGUUAUCAGAGAAAUGGGAUCUCUAAAACACUCUUCGCCCUUGUUGGCUAUUAACUUAUGUUUGUUCAUGUUUUUUACUUUCAUUUUUUUUUUUUUUCUACCGCUUCAAUUUUAUUCGGAAUAAUACUUAAGCGUAUCUCUCAUAUGUUUGUUCGGACCAAUCAGAUAAUCGAUCAACGUUUCACCCUGUGGAAUCUACUUUUUUUUAAAGUUCGUUCGAUAUCCCCGAAUUCAGUUCAUUCGAUGAAUAGCUACCGAACUUAGCUGUGACUAAUUUGAACUUUGAUAAAAAGGCAUCGCCAUGACCGAAACGCUCGUCGAAAACGCCAAGGUGGCUGCCGCUUACAGAGCAGUAGAGCAUCAUGUCAAGGAAAAAAAUUCUCACAGGAUUGGUGAAAAGUUCAAAAAAGGUUCACCGAUCGAAGUUACCCGCUUGGCAUAUGCGCCGGUGAAAAAUUAUAUCGAAGAAAAAUACGGUGGCAAAGUUAUCCUCAGGAUGGCUGGACCGGCAGAAUAUGGUCACGGUGAUUUUUUUAUGGAUUGGCAAUUUCCGGAGGGAGUCGAGGACCGGGGUAAAAUAAAUAACGAAAUUCUAUUGAUGCCUGGAGUCAUCGAGACCGGAAUUUUUAUUAAAAUGGCACAUAAAGCGUACUUUGGAAUGCCGGAUGGCAAUGUUUUCGAAAGAACGCCACUAAAUAUUAAUUAA